GAUGACGAGGGAGAAAGGGAGAGGGACAGAGAGAGAUACGGGCAGAUAGUCAGGGGGAAGAGAAAGAGGAGUAGGGAGUGAGGGGGACGGAGUGAGUGAGAGAGUGUGUGAGUGUGUGCCUGCUUCCCUACAGGAUCGGUGUAGGCACACCUCUUUCUCUCUCUGGGCUCCCUGUUUAUCGACAGAUCCAACAUGUUCUUCGUCCACAUUUCCUACACCUUCUGCCCCUGAACUGAGAUCAGGAGCUGCAUUGCUGGCUUUGAAACGUCAUGGACAAGUUCCUGAGAGAGGGUUCUUCUGUAUGGCUUCGAGUGAAAGAUCAGCUGCUGCCGAGCAGUGUUAGCUGCACCUCCAAUGGGAUUGCCCUACUCACAACUGAAUAUGGAGAGGUUUUCUCCUAUGAACUGGCUGAACUAUCCGAGGGGAUUGUUGUUCCAAUGCACCAGACCAGUGUUGAUGGGGUGGAUGACAUGUCAAGUCUCACAGAUCUCCAUGAAGCUGCCAUUCUGUACAACCUCUUUCUCCGAUACAAACAGGAUAAGAUCUAUACUAACAUAGGUUCCAUCCUGACUGCAGUGAAUCCCUACAAAUGCAUCGAGGGUCUGUACAGUGUCAACACAGUCGAGUUGUACAGCAAACACCAGCUCGGAGAGCUUCCACCGCACAUCUUUGCUAUUGCCAAUGAGUGUUACCACUGCCUGUGGAAACGUCAGGAUAGUCAGUGCAUUCUCAUCAGUGGUGAAAGUGGAGCUGGUAAGACAGAGAGUACAAAGUUACUACUUCAGUUUCUGUCUGUAACAAGCCAGAGAUCGUUGGGAGGCUCAUCCCAUGAGAGGAGCACACACGUGGAACAAGCCAUCCUCGGGAGCAGCCCAGUCAUGGAAGCUUUCGGGAAUGCCAAGACUGUUUACAACAACAACUCCAGCCGAUUUGGGAAAUUCAUCCAACUUCACUUUUCUCAGAAUGGAAACAUUCAGGGAGGUGCCAUUGUUGAUUAUUUACUGGAAAAGAACCGAGUGGUCAGACAGAAUCCAGCUGAAAGGAAUUACCACAUCUUCUAUGCUCUGUUGGCUGGAACUGACUCACAGCAGAAAGAGGCCUUGUACCUGUCAGACACUGAAUCCUACCACUAUCUGAAGUCUGGGUGUGUGAGCAACAAGAAUCUGGACGACAAACUAAUGUUUGAGAAAGUGAUGGCUGCUUUCUUUGUCAUGGAGUUUGACAGCGAGGAAAUCCAUGAUAUUUUCAAGUUGCUGUCUGGAGUUUUACAGCUUGGAAAUAUUGAGUUCAUCACUGCUGGAGGUGCCCAGAUAACAACAAAAGAAGUGCUCAACAAUGUCAGUGAUUUGUUGGGUUUGGAUUCUUUUCAACUGGCGGAGUUGCUGACCCAGCGGUCGAUUUUCCUGCGAGGAGAGGAGAUCAGCACCCCCAUGACCAUACAGCAGGCUGCUGAUUCCCGGGAUUCCAUGGCCAUGGCACUAUAUUCCCAGUGCUUUUCCUGGAUCAUCAGGAAAAUCAACACAAAGAUUAAAGGGAAAGAGAGUUUCAAAUCCAUCGCCAUUCUUGACAUCUUUGGCUUUGAGAACUUUGAGAUUAAUCGUUUCGAACAAUUCAACAUAAACUAUGCCAAUGAGAAGCUGCAGGAAUAUUUCAACAAACACAUCUUCUCUCUGGAGCAACUAGAGUAUAACAGAGAAGGAAUGUGUUGGGAAGCAAUUGAUUGGAUGGAUAAUGCCGAGUGUUUGGACCUGAUUGAAAAGAAACUGGGCCUCCUUGCUCUGAUCAAUGAGGAGAGUCGGUUUCCAAAAGGCACUGACUCCACACUGCUUGAGAAAUUGCACAGUCAGCACCAGUGUAACUCGUUCUAUGUGAAGCCACGGGUAACUGAUCAUCAGUUUGGGAUAAGACAUUAUGCUGGUGAGGUCAUGUAUGAUGUUCAUGGGUUUCUCGAGAAGAAUAGGGACACUUUUCGGGAUGACAUUCUGAACCUCCUCAAGGAUAGUCGGCUGGAUUUUAUAUAUGAUUUGUUUGAGCAAGUUUACAGUCGCAAUAACGGUGAUGACACAAUGAAAAUGGGAACACAGCGUCGCAAACCGACUGUCAGCUCCCAGUUCCGGGACUCUCUGCACUCACUAAUGGCAACCCUCAGCUCCUCAAAUCCCUUUUUCAUUCGCUGCAUCAAGCCCAACAAUCAGAAGAGGCCGGAACAGUUUGAUGAAGGAUUUGUUCGGAACCAGCUACGUUAUUCUGGGAUGCUGGAAAUGGUGAAAAUUCGACGUGCUGGAUUCCCGGUCCGACGACCAUUCCAGGAAUUUUAUCUGAGGUACAAGAUGCUUUUGAAAAAUCAGAAGAUCCCAGAGGAAGAAAAGGAGCGCUGCACAAUAUUGUUAAAACUCUAUGAUGAGUCCAAUUCUCAUUGGCGUUUGGGAAAGACCAAGGUAUUUUUGAAGGAGGUUUUGGAACAGAAACUGGAGAAAGUUCGAACAGAGGAGUUGCGGGGAGCUGCCAUGGUCCUGCGAGCUUAUAUCAUGGGCUAUCAGGCAAGGAGACACUACCGGAAGGUUCUGGCGAGCUUACUGAUCAUUCAGAAGAAUUACCGAGCACACUUCUGGAGAAAUGUCUUUUUACGUUUGCGCUCAGCAGCAAUUGUUUUCCAGAAACAUCGCAGAGGGCAGCUUGCUCGCCGUUUGUUCCUGCAGCUGAAAGCAAAGAAGCAGAUGUUAGAGGAGCAACGGCAAGAGGAGGAAGAACAGAGAAGGAGAGAAGAGGAGGACAGACUGAAAUGGCAAGAGGUGAACAAAGGGCUGCCGGGUGAGGAUGUGAAUCUGCAGCAAAAGGAUGAAAUGAGAUGUCAGGAAAGGCAAGAAACACCAUUAUCACCCAGCCAGCUCAGUGAAAGCACGCCGUUGGUGGAGCAGGAGAAUGAUGUCGAAGUGCUGUCAGAUUUGGCGCAGGCGGAGAGGAAACAAAUACAAGAGAUAGUGCGUCUCGAGCAUGAAAUCCAACGGUUGCAAAAUGGAAGGGGAUUGAGCUGUGGGAAUGCCAUCUGUGCUCUAUCACGGAGAGAGAUGGAGAGCCAACGUAAGGAGGAGAUCAGACGCUUGGAGAAGGAAGCAUCCAGAGUGGCACAGGAAUUCCUGGAGUUGCUGAACUUCGGAGGGUUGGAUGAGAGUGUCCGGAGUGUUGAGCAGUCUCCAUCGAGUAGGGACAAUCUCUGCAGUAGGAGCUGCAUUGGGCAGUGUCCUGAGCAGGAGCUGGACAAAGAAUUUCAAACUGAUGAGGAAAUGUCAACAGUGACGUAUACAGGUCAGAAUGAUGGAUCAACGAGUCAAAUGCAAAUCAGUAACUAUGUGCAGGACAAUGAGUAUGUGAGCUUGCCUUUGUCCAUUGAAUCACUGGAGGAGAGAGAGAAUCCCCAGGAUAGGAGAGGCAGCAAUCGGAGUCCACUGUGGGAGAGUGAGGAAAUCUCAAACACUGGGCCUGGCUCUCUCUACGCAACUGACAACAGUGAAGAACCGAUUUACAGUCUCCCCCCUGAUGUUGAAUCAGAUUAUGAUCAUGAUGAGUUUGAUGAUCCAGUUACAAAUCAUGGCGAGUCACAGGACAGUUUGAAAAUAUCCAACUUUAAUCCCAGGAACAUGGGGAUGUGUCGCUGCAGCACUGACUCGUUUAUGGACAGCGAGGAGGAGCUUGACCUGCGAGCAGAUACUGACGAAGAGUUCAACACUUGUCGAGUGCCCAUUACCAGUGGGUCCAGGGCCCCAUACUUCCAUGGUUACUUGUACAUGAAAGGAGGCCUGAUGAUCCCAUGGAAACGGCGCUGGUGUGUUCUAAAGGAUGAGACCUUCAUGUGGUUCCGAGCCAAGCAGGAGGCCCUGAAGUCAGGCUGGCUGUACAAGAAAGGUGGUGGCAUGUCCACGCUAUCGCGCAGGAACUGGAAACGCCGCUGGUUUGUGCUGCGAGAAACCCGGCUCAUGUAUUUUGAAAAUGACAGCGAAGAGAAGCUGAAAGGGACAAUCGAUGUCCGAGGGGCAAGAGAAAUUGUGGAUAAUGGGGAGAAGGAAAAUGCUCUGGAUGUGGUGACGGAUGAGAGAAUCUAUCACAUCAUCGCCGAGUCUCCUCAAGAUGCCAGUGAUUGGUUCAAUGUACUAAGUGGUGUACACAGUGCGACACAGCAGCAGUUGCGAGAGAUGCGUGAUGAACAGGCAAAUCCAAAGAAUGCAGUGGGCACUGUGGAUGUUGGAUUGAUUGAGUCUGUAUGUGCCUCCGACAACCCUGACAGACCAAAUUCUUUUGUGAUUAUCCUGGCGACACGUGUGAUUCACUGUAACUCCGUCAGUCCGGAGGAAAUGCAUCACUGGAUAUCCCUCCUUCAGAAAUCCAAGGGAGAUGCCAUGAACCUGGGACAAGAAUUCAUUGUUCGUGGUUGGCUCCAUAAAGAGAUGAGGAGCAGUGGGAAAACCUCGUCAUUGAAACUGAAGAGACGUUGGUUUUUGCUGAAUAGUAACUCACUGGAUUAUUACAAGUCUGCUGAACGGACCUCAACCAAGCUGGGCACCUUGGUCCUGAACAGUCUCUGCUCUGUCAUUCAACCUGAUGAUAAAACCUUCAGAGAAACAGGUUAUUGGCACUUUGUGGUUCAUGGCAGGAAACACUCCUAUCGACUUUACACCAAGUUACUGAAUGAGGCCACACGCUGGACAAGUGCCAUUCAGAACGUCAUCGACAGCAAAGUUCCCAUAGAAACUCCAACCCAGCAGCUGAUUCAUGAUAUCAAGGAGAACAGUGUGAACGUGGAGAUUGUGGAGCAGAUUUACAAAAGGAACCCAAUCCUACGUUAUACCCAACACUCCCUGCACUCGCCUCUUUUACCAUUGCUCUAUGGAGACAUCGACCCCAGUUUGCAAAAGGAGAAAGGAUACACAAAUCUGCAGGACGAGGCUGUCAGGAUCUUCCAUUCCCUGCAGGAGCUCGAGGCUAUCUCUGAUCCCAUUCCAAUCAUCCAGGGGAUCCUGCAAACUUGCCAGGACCUCAAAUCGCUGCGGGAUGAGGUUUACUGUCAGCUCAUCAAACAAACCAACCACAUGCCUCACCCAUACGGCACCGGGAGCCUGCACCACUGUCGGCUGCUCAGCUGCAUGAGCUGCACCUUUCUGCCUAGCCGCACCAUCCUUCGCUACCUCAAGUUCCACCUGAAGAGGGUUAGAGAGCAGUUCCCAGCAACAGAGAUUGAGAAAUACGCCCACUUUAUUAAUGAAUCUCUGAAGAAAACCAAAGUGCGGGAGUUUGUGCCAUCGCAGGAAGAGAUUCAGGCAUUAAUUGGUCGGCAGGAGAUGGUGACGACUGUUUACUGUCAUGGUGGAGGAGCCUGUAAAAUCACCAUCAACUCACACACAACAGCAGGAGAGGUUGUUGAGAAGUUGAUCCGGGGUCUGGCGAUGGAGGACAGCAGGAAUAUGUUCGCUCUCUUUGAACACAGUGAGGACGGUGACAAGGCAAUUGAGAGCCGGGUCAUUGUGGCUGAUAUUUUGGCGAAAUUCGAGAGGCUGGAACUUGGUGCUGAGGGUGGUCCCAGGUUGUCUGGCCUGUACUUCAAACUGUACUGUUUCCUGGAUGUGGAGAACGUGGCAAAGAAUGGAGUGGAGUUUGCCUUCAUGUUCGAACAGGCCCAUGAGAGUUUACUCAGUGGACAUUUCCCUGCACCCGAGGAUACCCUGCAGCUUUUAGCAGCUUUGAGACUGCAAAACAUUCAUGGAGAUUACAACAAGAGCUCCUUGAAUCUCCAGGAAGUUUAUCCUGUCUCCAAACUGAGAAACAAGAUCUUGCAAUCCACAAAAUUCAACUCGCAGACCCUAAAGAGGAGGACCAGUUUUUUGGAGGGGACAUUGCGCCUCGGCCUUCGCACAGGCUCUGUGAAGAAACAGAGGAUGGAAGAAGAGCAAAUGUUAGAGAUGUGGUUGAAAGAAGAACUGUCUGCUACUCGCACAAGCGUCGCUGAUAAAUGGAAAAGGCUACGGGGAAUGACGCAGCAGCAAGCCAUGCUGCGGUACAUGGCCAUUGUCAUGGAGUGGCCUGGCUAUGGUUCGACUCUCUUUGAUGUAGAGUGUAAGGAGGGUGGAUUUCCCAAUGAACUGUGGUUGGGAGUCAGUGCUGAGAAUGUUUCAAUCUACAAACGAGGUGAUGCCCGGCCUCUGGAAACCUUCCAGUAUGAACAGAUUGUUUUCUUUGGUGCUCCACUCCCAAAUACUUACAAGAUAACUGUGGAAGAGAGGGAAAUGUUCUUUGAGACUCCACAGGUUGGUGAAAUCACCAAGAUAAUGAAGGGCUACAUCAACACGAUUGUGAAGAAACGAUACAGCAUCAAGUCUGCAGUCACUAACCGCAGCGAGACCAGUGACUGGACCAGAUGAGCAGGACCACUCCCCUAGUCCCUCCUCACACCCCUACCCUCCCCUUGCCCUCCUCUCACUGACCAAGGAAAGACUGAUGAAGGGAAUGAUGAUGGGUUAUUGGCACCUCCUGUGGUGUGGUCAAUAGUGGUCAAAGGGCAGUUGGAGGUGGGAGGCCAUGUGAUGAGAUCUCCAGGAGUACAUCCAAUCACAGUCGGCAGUCUGAGAGGAGAUGAAAAGCCAGGGUGGAGCUGGUUCAGUCCUGACACAGCCGUUCUCAAUGACUCUGAGGUCACCACACCAGCUCGGCCUGCGAUACUGCGGGCAGUGUUGCUGAGAGGAAUACAACGUGGAAACGAUGGGUCGAAUAGCCAGCUUUGGUGCUCUGCCAUUCUUUGACACUUCCUGCUGAUCAGAGAGGUUUCUCUGUCAGUCUUUGUCUUCUUUUCUCCCUGUUUACUGUGUUUCUGUCUCUCUUUCACUCUCUUUCUUGCCUUGUCUCUGACUUGAGCAAUCUGUUUCUGGCCAUCCCUCCCACUUGGCCCUAUGCCCCCUUCUCUCAGUCUGUCUCAUUUUCUCUCUGUCACUUUCUUUCCCAUUUUGACUUUUCUUUCCUUAGAGAUUUGUAACUGGCUUUACAAAGCAAUUCCUCGAAUGUACCAAUUUAUUUAAACAUUGUAUUGAGAUUGGACAGAUUAAAGGAGAUUCUGCAGCUGCUCAACAUCACAAAAUAACCAAAUAUCCCAAAUUGGAGUUUUGUAAGUUUGUUUUUUCACUGACAAAU